AGUGGGCGGGCCGUAGCGCCCUGGCUGAGCCCACAGAGCGCAGCAGUGCCGCGUCUUGGAGGUUACGAUGGACACGCCCCAGUUAGUGUCAGCCUGACGUCGAACAAUGCCACGCAGCCAGGGUGGGGGGCGGGUGUCUCUUACUCCGGGGCUGCACUAAGAACCUGAGUCAGAACAAGGCUGCGAGGGAGCGUUUAGCAAGCAUGGCUUUCGGAGUCAAAUUAGUUUUUUUCUUACACGCUUUUUGUCUUCUUACGAUCCACACGCACGGACAAAAGAAAGAGGAUGCCACUGCAGAAGAAGUUAAAAUCGAAGUCUUACAUGUGCCCAAAGAAUGCAAGCCAAAGAGCAAGAAGGGGGAUCUGCUUAAUGCACAUUAUGAUGGCUACCUGGCCAGUGAUGGAUCCAAGUUUUAUUGCAGUCGGACACAAAAUGAAGGUCACCCAAAGUGGUUUGUUCUGGGUGUUGGACAAGUCAUAAAAGGAUUAGAUAUUGCUAUGACGGAUAUGUGUCCUGGAGAAAAACGGAAAGUGACAAUUGCACCAUCAUUAGCAUAUGGAAAGCAAGGCUAUGCACAAGGCAAGAUUCCACCUAAUGCAACAUUGAUAUUUGAGAUUGAACUGUAUGCAGUGAAUAAAGGACCACGCAGUGUUGAAGCAUUUACUCAAAUAGACAUGGACAGUGACAAGAAACUCUCUCGAGAUGAGAUAAGCCAUUAUUUGAAGGAGGAAUUUGAAAGAGAUGGUAAAAAACGUGAUGCAUCAGUUCACGAUUCUAUUUUAGCCGAUAUAUUUAAGAAUAAUGACCAUGAUGGAGAUGGCUUCAUAUCUGCAAGGGAGUACAAUGUCUAUCAGCAUGAUGAACUAUAGCAAAUUAUUUCUAAAAUCUCCUGGCUGCUUUCUUUACCCUAGAUUUAAAGAAUCUCUAAAAUGAACUUUCAUUUUGUCACAUGAUGCUUUACAUUUUUUUUAUGGUAAAUUUUUAUACCUUUUAAGAUGAGUGUUAAAAAUCUUACCAGUAACAUUUCAGUAAUAGACUAUGAUAUAUUUUACAAAAGAAAUAAAAUUAUAAAAAGGCAUAGUCUGUUUUACACAAUC